AAUGACCCCUUGCAUCUUUGGCUGGAGCUCGGCGACCAGCUAGCCAACGGCGACCGUGAAAUAACUGCUCGCAACAACCAUUUCUGCAGCCAGUUAAGGUUGCAUUUGAAACUGCAAUAUUCCUAAUUGCACGACUACUGGAGUGCAUAAAGCGAUUUUGAGAAUGGCUGUAAACAUCACCCGCACAUAAGUGGAUUUAAUCCCGGUAUGGGGGACAUGAAGACCCCAGAUUUUGACGACCUUCUGGCAGCGUUUGACAUACCUGACAUCGAUGCCAAAGAGGCCAUUCAGUCAGCCCCGGAUGAGGCUGAGGGCCACCAUGGGCCUGCUGGGGCCCCCCUGGGAAAAUCAGACAGUGUUGUGGGUGUGGGCCAGUCCUUAAGGCCACAAAGCCCCUCUGACCCUCAGGCCGAUACUUCUAUUGUUAGUGUAAUUGUCAAGAAUAAAGUCCGUCUUGAGGCAGUGGAUGGAGGGGAUCGGGACGCGGAACAGAAUCCUAUUGAUGUUAUUGCAGGGGUCGACGUGGGCCCCAGGCUUGGCGCGUGUGCCUCUGGUAUGACUGAAUCGGAGGCCCUUAACCACAACGGUUUUGGGGCAUCUGGGGUCCCCGCUCCUAUCCAACUGAGCCAAAGCCAGUCCAAUGGAUCGCCAUGGUCGCUGAGUACCCCAAAGAUGUCCUUAGAGGCAGGUGCGGGAGGGACUAAGACUCACAAGCAGGGCGGGAACAUUUUCAAUAGACUUAAACCCCUGGUGACCCAGGGGACAGGAGACCCCGUCGGCCGAGCCAGGAAGAUGCAGCUGCUGCAGCAACAGCAUCAGCAGCAGCAGGAAGGGGUCCAAGACAGGGUGGACGGGGGGAAAGCCUCCUUACCAUCCUCUUCCUCUCCAUCGGCCGUCCCUUCUCCUCUCACCACGGGCGGCUCCGUCGGUCUGUCCUCUCCGUUCUUCCCCACGUCCAAGCCGCUGCCCCCGACGCAAACGUCCGCACCGUCGUCCCAACCCUUUAACGGCGCCGCCAAAGCCGGCUUCCGACCUCGAGAAUCGGAGGAAGAGGACGACGACGACGACUCCGACUCGGAUCUGGGGGGUGCCCUGGUGAUCCAGGAGAGCCCCAGCUCCCCGACGCAUGCGCCCCCUCAGCUGAGUCGUCGCUACAAGGCAGUCGGCGGCGGCGGCGUCGAGUCCUCCAUCUCCGCCCCUUCGCCCAACGCGGCGGCCGCUCACCCUAAGCCCGGGGACACGCCGUCAGGGGCCGGCCUCACCUCGUCGGCGCCACAAACGUCCUCCACAGAGAGCCCCCCGGGGGAGCAGAGGAACCCCGAGCACGUCAUCGAGGAGAGGGACUCGCCGGAGAGCCCCGAGCCGGAGACGCCCAAAGCGACGGUGGCCGCCGCGGCCCAGCGCUGCUCCAGCCCCGCCUCCGCCGCCACCCCGCCCUCGGCCUCGGACCUCCGGGAGCCAAAGGAGGAGGAGGAGGAGAUGGAGGUGGGCAACGGGGUCGACAGGGUCGUGGAAGGUAAGGCGGAGACGCAGAAGCCCGACGCCGCACAGGCGGUCGAGGAAAAGAUGGAGGUGGACGAGGGUAAGACUAAGCCCGAGUCCACCGGAGGAGGAGGGGUGGGCACACCAGCGACCCCCUCGCCCGGCGCCCCUUCCAGACCCCUCAAAGUUCGGAUUAAAACCAUCAAGACGUCCACAGGGGGAAUCACCAGGACUGUAACCCGGGUCGCACCCAAAGGUGGGGCCUCGGCCAAGGGUUCGGAAGGUAAAGGCCAGACCGCCGGGCGUAAGGUCCUAGCGAACAAGGCCUCAAAGACGGAAGCCUCCCCCGGCCACGCGGCCGCCGCGUCGCAGCAGAAAGUCAAAGCGCUCAACGCUCUGCCCGUGUCCACGCUGGCGGCGAGCAGCGUCAUGCUGGCCGCCGCCACCAAGGUCCAAAACAAAAUGGCGGCCAACGACAAGGCCAAGGUGUCCGCCACGGCCGUCAGCAUCACCAAGUCGUCCGCUCUGCCGGCCACGCCGGCGCCGGCCUCCUCGCCCAAGUUCUCGGUGGCGGCCGGCGGGAUCAGCGUGCGCACCGCCGCCGGCGCCGGCAACCUCCAGCCCAACAAGCCGGCGUCCAUCGUGAACAGCACGGGCGCCGUGAUCUCCCGCACGCAGUCCAGCCUGGUGGAGGCCUUCAACAAGAUCCUCAACAGCAAGAACCUGCUGCCCAGCUACAAGCCCGACCUCUCGGCGCCGCCGCCCGAGUGGGGGCUGCCGCUGCCUGCCGCGGGCUACCGCUGCCUGGAGUGCGGCGACGCCUUCGCGCUGGAGCGCAGCCUGGCGCGCCACUACGACCGGCGCUCGCUGCGCAUCGAGGUGACGUGCAACCACUGCGCCAAGCGGCUGGCCUUCUUCAACAAGUGCAGCCUGCUGCUGCACGCCCGCGAGCACAAGGAGCGCGGGCUGGUCAUGCAGUGCUCCCACCUGGUCAUGAGGCCCGUCACCGUGGAGCAGAUGAUCGGACAGCAGGACGCCACGCCCGCGACAGGGGCGCUCUCGUCCUCCUCCCCGCCAGUCUCCUCGCCCUCCGCCCUGCCCUCCGGGGCUGCGGCGGCCACCGGCAACAGCUCCAGUCCCGCCAAGGACGCCGGCUCCCCGGCCGGCGGCCAGCCCAGGCCGGUGCGGCGCGCCCCCCAGGGACCCCAGGCCCUGAUGCCCCUGCCCUGCAAGAAGGCGGAGGCGCUGCAGUACAACAACUACAAGUGCCCCGAGUGCCAGAGCCAGUUCUCAGGGAAGGCCGAACUGGUCACCCACUUCCAGCAGAUCCGAGCGACCCCCAACUCAGUGAGUCCUGGUGAUGAGAAUGCUACGUGCUCCCAGUGCUCCCCGCCGAUGAUGCUGCCAAACUCGUGCGCCGUCUCCGCCCACCAGAGGAUCCACAAGCACCGCGCGCCCCACGUCUGCCCCGAGUGUGGGGGCGUGGCCCGCCAGGCCGGCUUCCAGACCCACCUGGACGAGGCCUGCCUGCACUUCGCCAGACGUAUCGGCUUCAGGUGCUCCAGCUGCCAGGUGGUGUUCGGCGGGCUGAACUCCAUCAAGUCCCACAUCCAGACGGCCCACUGCGAGGUCUUCCACAAGUGUCCCAGCUGUCCCAUGGCCUUCAAGUCUUCCCCCAGCGCCCAGAGCCACAUCAGUACCCAGCACCCCACCCUCACCGGAGGACAGGCCAAAAUGAUCUACAAGUGUGUGAUGUGCGACACAGUAUUCACCCAGAAGCCCCUGCUGUACAUGCACUUUGACACCCAUCUGGCCAAGCAGAAGGUCCACGUGUUCAAGUGUCCCGACUGCACCAAGCUGUAUGCACAGAAGGGCUCCAUGAUGGAGCACAUCAAGACCGCACACAGAGGCCUGUCCGUCAAACAAGACGCCCAGUCCGAUAGCCCCGCCCCGGCCCUGACCCCGGCCAAUCAGGCUGCGCCGACCGCAGCCAAGCCCAAGCCCUUUGGCAACAAGACGGACAACUCCGACGGCGAGGACUGGGGGCGGGAUCGGGAGGAUGACGAAGAGGAAGAGGAGGAGGAGGAGGAAGAGGAGGAGGACAGUAGCGGGGGCGGCGGGGAGGACUUUGAGGCGCCCUCAGAGUGGACGUGUCCGCAGUGUCAGGCCACCUUCACGGACAACGACGACUACCUGAGUCACGUCAAGAUGGAGCACGGCAAGUUCCCGUGUCGUAUCUGCGGGGGCACGUUCAGCACCUCGUCCAGCCUACGGCGUCACGAGCGGGUCAUCCACGAGGGCAACAAGAGGGUGUUCCACUGCCAGUUUUGCACAGAAGGCAAGCGCACGUUUGGCAGCCGCUUCUUGUUGGACAAGCACGUUCGUCUUCAUCACAGAUCCACAGAUGGACAGGGCGCCCCUCAGACCCGCAAGCGGUCCGCCGCCGCCGCCCCCGGCGUCGACGGCCCCAGCAGCUCCUCGGAGCAGGACGGCGAGGGGGGCCCGGGCUCCGGCGCCAGGACGGGUCCGGGGGGGGCGGCGGACGAGGAAGAGCCCCCUGAGGAGGGCGAGGAGCGGGAACGGGGGUCCGGCGGCGGCGGCGGGGGUCCCGCCAAGAGGACCCGCGGCGCGACCACCGUGGCCCCUCCCCCCGCGGAGCCCACGGAGGAGGAGGAGGGCGGCGCCGCCGCCGCCAGCGCCAGCAUGUUCCGCUGCGUGCCGUGCGGCUUCACCACGGAGGACGGCGGCGAGUUCCAGCGCCACGUGCCGCAGCACCGUGCCGACGCCGCCUCCUUCCAGUGCCUGCAGUGCGGCGUGUGCUUCGCCUCGGCCGGCUCCCUGGGGCGCCACCGCUUCAUCGCCCACCGCGUGCGCGACACCCAGGGCGAGCCCCCGCCCUCGUCGCACGGGCCCCCGGGCGGGGCCGGCUCCCCGGGCGACGGCGGCGGCGGCGGCUCCUCCCCCUCCUCCCUGCUCUCCCCCCAGGGCCAGCCGCAGCAGGCGGGGGAGGAGGGGGAGGGCGGCAUGGGCUGCAAGGUGUGUGGCCGGCGCUUCGACAAGGCCUCGGACCUGAACACACACUUCAGGACCCACGGCAUGGCCUUCAUCACCGCCCACAAGACGGACAAGCCACAGUAGCGGCCGGGCGCUGGUGCUCUCACACACACACACACACACACACACACACGCGCAGAG